UCCAUAAAAUGCUCAACAAAUUUAACCUCACUCUCAUUCGUGUGCAGUGAGAGAAACAAAUCGCGAAUCAUGAGCUCUCCACAAGUUUCAGAAGAUUUCUGCCCAAACCGUGAUAACAACAUGUUCACCUUUUUUGCGAAUAACUGGAUCCAGGAUAAGCUAGUCACCAUCCUUCUCCUCCUGGCCACCCUUACAGUCUCAAUCCGUUUGAUACGAUGGAGUUUCGUUCGAAUCAAGAAGCGUUUCAUGAUAUCCCUCCAAAUCUGUGGAUCUGGCGUAUGUCGUGAAACUUAUAACGAAAUAAUUUACAACUCCUUGCUCCGAUGGCUGGCAAGGAAUCCAAACUGUUCAGGAUUUCGGGAUCAAAUACUUAUCAGCAAACAAGUCCCCUUACCCGACGACCAGCUAGAAUUAAGCAGCAAAAGCGAGGAAAUAUCCGCCAUCGCCCUGGGCGACGAGGACCCCUAUGAUUACCGCCUCGUCUCCUCCCCCAACAGUUGGAAGUACUAUUUCUUCAAAACCAUUGGGAUCCGAUCAGCGAGUUCAUUCCUCUACAAAAACGCCCGCUUUGAGAUCCAUCGCGAAUACGACAACUCCCACGAGAUCAUCACACUCUCCACGUUCCCCUGGAAUCGCUCCCUACUCCUCGAAAUUAUCCAGGAAUGCAGCCCCAUCGCAAAAAAAGAUGACAAAACUAAGCAAAUAAUCUACCAGUGGAGAGACGGCUGCAGUUGGCAGCAAAUGGGAGGCCUCAAGAAGAAGCGUCCUCUCGACUCUCUAAUUCUGGACGCUACAAUUUUGCCCCGUCUCGUCCAAGAUAUCAAAGGCUUUUUAAAAAUGGAGAAUUGGUACGUGGAAAAGGGGAUCCCAUACCGGAGGGGAUAUCUGCUCCACGGUCCCCCCGGGUGUGGCAAGUCCUCCAUCGUCAAAGCCAUUGCGGGCGAGCUAGGGUACAAUAUCUCCGUCGUCUCUCUCUCCCAGCGACUCACGGACGACUCCAUCACGGAAUUGUUGAACUCAGCACCAGCAAAAUCUGUCAUCUUACUUGAAGACAUUGACGCGGCGUUUGGAAAUCGAGAGAAAGUGGUCGAGCCAGAUCUCGAAGUAGUCGAGAAUAAAAUGUCACAGACACAUUUCGCGUUUGGAGGUCAAUCGCAAUCCUUGUUGACUUUUAGAGGUCUGCUUAACGCGCUGGAUGGCGUCGCUUCCUCAGAUGAUGGACAAAUCGUAUUUCUCACGACGAACUAUCCGGAACGAUUGGAUCCUGCCCUAAUCCGACCGGGAAGAGUUGAUCUCAAAAUACAUAUUGAUUAUCCUGACGACGCUCAGGUUGGGGGCAUGUUUGACAAGUUUUAUGCGCCACAUGAAGACGGUGGAGAAAUUAGGGAGAAAUUUAUCAAGCUUAUUCGUGAGAUGAAAAUCAAAGUGUCGCUGGCUAUGAUUCAAGGUUUAUUGUUUUUGUAUCGGAAUGAUCCUCGGGCUGCGGUGGAGAAAGCGGAGGAACACUUUGAGGAACAGUUUGGCAGCGCAAAAUUUUCGCAAGGAAAAUUGUAAUUUCAAAUCCUAAAGAAAUUUUGUUUCCAAAUUUUAAACAGUAUUUGAAUAAUAAUUAAUAUGCACCAUGAUAAAUAUGAUAACUCCAAUGAUACAUUAUGCUUAUCUUGUGUUACAUAUAUUUAAGUAUUUAUGUGUAUUAUAUUAUUUUUAUUCGAAAUGACGAAGUGUGAUAUAAAUAUUUAUGCGUUUAUAAUAUCCCUAUACACGCAAAACUAUUCCUUGUUUUCAUUUACAAUUAAUAACUUGAUAGUCAAUGAAGCAUGAAAAUAUGUACAUUUUCUAAUUAAUUGCAAACUGUAUUAAUACGUGGACAUGUUUUAUGUAAUCAUCAAAUGAAGAACAGAAUGUCGGCGUUAAUCAAUUACACAAUGCGUAAUUGAGUAACUUCUCACAGUUGUUAAAAUUUAAUUUAAAGGAGAAAGCAUGAAUUUUAACAUUAAACUUAAAAAAAUGUGCAACCAGCCUGCAGGUAUGUAUUAGCUUAGCAUAUAUUGGCAUAUAUACAUAUGUAUUGCCGUAUAUUGACAUAUAUGUAUACAUAUGUAUGUGUGAAAAUAUGUAUGCCUUGACCAAAAUCAUUUUAAAUCUUCUAAAAAAAUUAUUCUUACCUUAAGAUUACCCUCCUGAACGAAUAUUCUACGUUACGAAGAUGAAUGUGAUUCAUAAGGUUGCAAAUGCUAUCAACAAAUAAUAAAUAAAUUUAUUUUCAAUUAUAUGCACAUUAUAAUUGAUGACCCUUGUUAUCUGAUGCUAA